CAGUAGCCCUCAGACAUUUUUUGUUGUUGUCACUCUCCAGCUUCUUCAAAAGUGAUGCUUUGUUUUUCAUCUCAGCGCAUAUUUUCAAGUGUUUAGUCGAGCCUCCUCGCGAGGAAAAGCCUUGCAAACAUGCCUGGCUUCAUCGAGAGCGAGGCUGAGGAGUCAGAAGAGGAAUUCGAGGAGAAAGACCUGAAGCCCAAGAAGACACAGAAAUUUAUGGAAGAAGAUGAAGAAGAAGAGGAAGAAGAGAAUAUUGAAGAUCAGGAUGAGCAUGGAAACCUAAGAGGACUCAUUGAUGAUGGCGAUGUGGAAGAGGAAGAAGCGCAAAGUGGGAGAGAGGAUAGUGACUCCGGUGAAGAGGUCCGUCAUCGCCGCAGGAAACGAAGUUAUGAUGACUAUCUGGAUGAUGAUGAUCUGGACCUCAUCGAGGAGAAUUUAGGAGUGAAAGUGAAGAGAAGGAAAAAGAAGUACUCGCGUGUGAAAACCAUGGAUGAUGAAGGGGAAGAUGAUGAGAAAGACAUGAUCGCUGAUGAGAUCUUCACUGGGGAUGGUGAUGGAGAUGGAGAGGUGGAGGAUGGAGAGACUGUGGACACACUUCACCCUAGAGAUGACGAAGAGGAGGAAGAUGAUGAGGAAUCUGAUAUUGAUGAUUUCAUUGUGGAUGAUGAUGAUGGACAGCCCAUCACGAAAAAGAAAGGAAAGAAAUUCCCUGGCUACACUAAUGCUGCUUUGCAGGAAGCUCAAGAGAUAUUCGGCGGUGAUUUUGACUUUGCCGAGUUUGACACUGAGGCGUAUGAUAAUGCAGAAGAGGAAGAAGAGGACCAGGAUGAAGAGUCAUGGGAUCGUCCAAAGAAGCAGACCAAGAGAAGAGUUGGCCGUCGUAGCAUAUUUGAGAUCUAUGAGCCCAGUGAGCUGGAGAGCAGCCACAUGACCGAUCAAGACAAUGAGAUCCGCUCCACAGACAUGCCAGAAAGAUUCCAGUUGAGGGCCAUCCCUGUAAAGCCUGCUGAGGAUGAUGAGCUGGAGGAAGAAGCUGAAUGGAUUUACAGGAAUGCCUUCUCCACACCGACCAUCUCCAUGCAGGAGAGCACAGACUACCUGGAUCGUGGGACAACCACCAAUUUCAGCAGAAAGGGCCCCAAUACCAUUGCUAAAAUCAAAGAAGCACUGAACUUCAUGCGGAACCAACACUUUGAGGUUCCCUUCAUUGCAUUCUACAGAAAGGAGUAUGUGGAACCAGAGCUGAACAUUAAUGACCUGUGGAAGGUGUGGCAGUGGGAUGAGAAGUGGACUCAGCUGAAGACCAGAAAGCAGAACCUGACACGUCUUUUCCAGAGGAUGCAGUCUUAUCAGUUCGAGCAGAUCUCAGCUGACCCUGACAAGCCACUGGCAGACUCGACUCGUCCCUUAGACACUGCUGAUAUGGAGAGGCUGAAAGACGUCCAGUCUCUUGAUGAGUUGGGAGACGUCUACAACCACUUCCUGCUCUACUAUGGCCGAGACAUUCCUAAGAUGCAGAAUGCAGUCAAGGCCAGCAAAAAGAAACUGAAAAAGAUCAAGGAAGUGUCAGAGGAAGAUGGCGAAGAGGCAGAAGUGGAGGAAGAAGAGGAAGAAGAGGAGCAUAAGGGUCCAGAUCUAAAACAAGCUUCUCGUAGAGAUAUGUACAGCAUCUGUCAGAGCGCAGGCCUUGAUGGUCUUGCCAAGAAGUUUGGUCUGACACCAGAGCAGUUUGGAGAAAACUUGCGAGACAGUUAUCAGAGGCACGAAACUGAGCAGUUUCCUGCAGAGCCUUUGGAACUGUCCAAGGACUACGUGUGCAGUCAAUUUAACAGCCCGGAGGCUGUUCUGGAAGGUGCUCGCUAUAUGGUGGCCAUGCAGAUUGCCCGUGAACCGCUCGUCAGGCAUGUGCUCAGACAGACCUUCCAGGAGAGGGCCAAGAUUAACAUCAAGCCAACUAAGAAGGGCAAGAAGGAUGUGGAUGAAGUGCACUAUGCCUAUUCCUUCAAGUAUCUCAAGAACAAGCCUGUGAAAGAGCUCAGUGGAGAUCAGUUCUUGAAGAUGUGCCUGGCUGAGGAGGAAGGCCUGCUCGCCAUAGACAUCUGCAUUGACCUUGUGGGAGUCAAAGGGUACGCAGGAGAUCAGACCUACUUUGAUGAGAUUAAGCAGUUCUACUACAGGGAUGAGUUCAGUCACCAGGUGCAGGAGUGGAACAAGCAGAGAACUCUUGCCAUUGAACGUUCCUUGCAGCAGUUCCUGUAUCCUCAGAUGGCCAAGGAACUGAAAAACAAGCUUGUCACUGAAGCCAAGGACAAUAUUAUUAAGUCUUGCUGCAAGAAGCUGUAUAACUGGUUGAAGGUGGCUCCUUAUCGGCCUGAUCAGCAGGUAGAGGAGGACGAUGACCUUAUGGAUGAGUCGCAAGGAAAGGGUAUCCGUGUACUCGGGGUGGCAUUUGCUUCCGGCAGAGAUACACCAGUCUUCUGCUCCCUCAUUAAUGGUGAAGGAGAGGUUGUGGACUUCCUCAGGCUUCCUUACUUCCUGAAGAGGAGGAAUGCAUGGAGAGAGGAUGAAAGAGAGAAGAAGCUUCAAGAUAUUGAAAACCUCAAGAAAUUCCUCCUUAGUAAGAAGCCACAUGUUGUGGCUGUUGCUGGGGAGAAUCGUGAUGCUCAUAUGGUGAUGGAGGACAUCAAGCGCACCAUCAGUGAGCUGGAGCAGGACUCCUCUCUGCCUGGGGUGGGGGUGGAGCUGGUGGACAACGAACUGGCUAUGCUUUAUAUGAAUGGCAAGAAGUCUGAGGCGGACUUCAGGGACUAUCCACCUCUGCUUCGGCAGGCUGUGUCUGUGGCUCGUAAGAUUCAGGACCCCCUAGUGGAGUUUGCCCAAGUUUGUAGCAGCGAUGAGGACAUCCUGUGUUUGAAACUGCAUCCCCUGCAGGAGCAUGUAGUGAAAGAGGAGCUGCUGGGCGCUCUUUACUGUGAGUUCAUAAACCGGGUGAAUGAGGUUGGUGUGGAUGUGAACCGGGCCAUAGCUCACCCUUACACCCAGAGCCUGGUCCAGUACAUCUGUGGCCUUGGACUUAGAAAAGGCUCACACCUGCUCAAGAUUCUUAAACAGAACAACACUAGGUUGGAGAACCGGACCCAGUUGGUCACCAUGUGCCAUAUGGGACCCAAAGUCUUUAUUAACUGUGCUGGUUUCAUCAAGAUUGACACUGCCUCUCUUGGAGACAGCACUGACUCCUAUAUCGAGGUCCUGGACGGUUCUCGGGUGCACCCUGAAACAUACGAAUGGGCACGUAAAAUGGCAGUGGAUGCUCUAGAGUACGACGAGUCAGCAGAAGAUGCCAACCCAGCCGGAGCACUAGAGGAGAUUCUUGAGAACCCAGAGAGGCUGAAGGACCUGGAUCUGGAUGCCUUCGCUGAGGAGCUGGAGAGACAGGGUUAUGGUAAUAAGGGAAUUACACUGUAUGACAUUCGAGCAGAGCUUAGCUGUAGAUAUAAAGAUUUGAGAGCGCCGUACAGGCCUUCAAACACAGAGGAGGUCUUUAACCUGCUCACCAAAGAGACACCUGAGACCUUCUAUAUUGGUAAACUGAUCACCUGUGUGGUGACUGGCAUAGCUCACAGAAGGCCACAAGGUGAGAGUUACGACCAGGCCAUCCGUAAUGAUGAGACCGGACUCUGGCAGUGUCCAUUUUGCCAGCAGGACAACUUCCCUGAGCUCAGUGAGGUGUGGAAUCACUUUGACAGCGGCUCCUGCCCUGGGCAAGCCAUCGGAGUGAGAACUAGGUUAGAUAACGCUGUCACAGGCUUCAUCCCGACAAAGUUUCUUAGUGACAAGGUGGUGAAGCACCCUGAAGAGAGAGUCAAGGUUGGCAUGACCGUGCACUGCCGAAUCAUGAAGAUUGACAUCGAGAAGUUCAACGUGGAUCUCACUUGUAGAACAUCUGACCUGAGUGACAAGAACAAUGAAUGGAAGCUUCCCAAAGAUACCUACUAUGAUUUUGACACUGAGGCAGAUGAUGUGAAACAGGAAGAGGAGCAAAAGAAGAAACAGCAGAGAACCACUUACAUUAAGCGAGUGAUCGCUCACCCGUCCUUCCACAACAUCAACUUCAAACAAGCGGAGAAGAUGAUGGAAUCCAUGGACCAGGGUGAUGUGGUGAUUCGACCCAGCAGUAAAGGGGAGAACCACCUGACGGUCACAUGGAAGGUGGCUGAUGGGAUAUAUCAGCAUUUGGACGUGCGUGAGGAGGGUAAAGAGAAUGCGUUCAGCCUCGGGCAUACUCUUUGGAUAAACACUGAGGAGUUUGAGGAUCUGGAUGAAAUCACAGCCAGGUAUAUCCAGCCUAUGGCUGCAUUCGCACGAGAUCUGCUCGGCCACAAGUACUUCCAGGACUGCAAGGGAGGUGAUAGGAAGAAAAUGGAGGAGAUUCUCAUAAGGUCCAAAAAAGAGAAGCCGACAUUCAUCCCCUACUUCGUUUCAGCUUGUAGAGACCUGCCAGGCAAAUUUCUGCUGGGUUACCAGCCGAGAGGGAAGCCAAGGAUAGAGUAUGUAACCAUCACUCCAGAUGGCUAUAGGUAUCGCUCUCAGAUGUUCCCUACAGUCAAUGGUCUCUUCCGCUGGUUCAAAGACCACUACCAGGAUCCUGUGCCAGGAGUCACACCGACCAGCAGCAGAACAAGAACUCCAGCAUCAGUGAACGCCACACCUGCCAACAUCAACAUUGCCGACUUGACUCGAGCCGUCAACGCUCUCCCACGAAACAUGACAUCCCAGAUGUUCAACGCCAUAGCGGCGGUUACAGGCCAGGGCCAGAAUCCCAACACGACGCCGGCCCAGUGGGCAUCUAGUCAGUAUGGUUACAGUGGCGGCAGCAGUGCAGGAGGCGGAGGCAGCAGCAGCGCUUAUCAUGUAAGAAACCUGCACCUUUGCACUCGGUCACAUAUUCAACGGCUUGAUUUAAAACCGGGUCUGCUAAAAUUUCAUAUUCCUUCUUUUCCUGUUGUUUUCAAGGUGUUUGCAACGCCCCAGCAGCCAAUGGCCACACCCAUGAUGACGCCCAGCUACUCUUACACAACACCUGGCCAGCAGCAGGCCAUGACCACGCCCCAGUAUCCCAGCAGCACCCCGCAGUCCUCACACGGACACCACCAGCGUUCGUCAUCCACCCCAUUAUCCUCGUCAUCGAGAGUGCGGACGCCACAGCCCAAGACAAGUUCCCACACUGCUGUGGAUUGGGGUAAAAUGGCUGAACAGUGGCUGCAGGAGAAAGAAGCCGAGCGGCGCAAGCAAAAGACGCCCCGCAUGACGCCCCGACCUUCACCCAGCCCCAUGAUCGAGAGCACACCCAUGUCCAUCGCCGGAGACGCCACUCCCCUCUUGGACGAGAUGGACCGAUAGGAGUAGGGAAGAGGGGUGUUCAGACAUUUCAUAUAAAACCCAGUCCAUCCACAUCCCAUCUCUCACCCUUCGUCUUUUGCUCUUUCGCUGCUAGAAGUAUUUCUUUGAGUCAUUCAGAGCUACUGAUACAAAGACAGACACUUGAAAUGUGUUGAUGACAAACAGAUUAGGAAAUGGACCUACAAUAAACGUUUGUCACAAGGGUUUUCCUUUUUCUCUUUUUUAAGUGCAUGAUGCACCCCAUUUUUCAUUUCAUUUUUUUUUUUUUUUUUAUGAAAAGGGAAGGCUUAUGAUUUGUGCCCAUGCGAGCUGGUAUACAAUCAGCAUAAUAUCAUUAGUUCAGUCCCACUCAGAGAGCUUUUCUUUCUUGUAUCAGGUUUAAACAUUUAAAUAAAACCCCGUUUCAGGAUGAACCAG